AUGACAAGUCAUACCUUUCAAGGUUACGCUCGCCGAUGGAUUCAUCAUCAUGACCAUCUUCAUCCUCAUCAUCACCUCCAUCAACAACAUCAUCCUCACCAUCAUUACUAUUUGUAUCCACACACCAAUGGUUCAUCCAGUGUUGGUUCAUCUUCUCAUUUCUUUCAAUGUUCCGAUCACCCAAUCAGCACGCACGACGACCAUUGUCACCACGAGCAAGACAGCAACAAAUUCAAAUUCACUCUCCUCACUUACAACAUUCUUGCACAGAGCUUAUUCAAUCGGAAAGAGGGAAUGCCUUAUUGUACAAAACGAUGCGCAUCAUGGUCUCACCGAAGGGAAAAUCUCUUCAGAGAAAUUCAAGAAUACAACGCGGAUAUUAUUUGUUUGCAAGAAUGUGAUAAAUUUGAAGAAUUUUGGAAAGAAAAAUUACAAAGUUUAGGUUACGAAACAUAUUUUGAUUAUCAAUACAAUCCUUCAAAAGAAUUCCGACCGUUUUCGUAUGGAUUAGCUUUUGGAUUCAAAUCUGAAAAAUUUAACAUGUUGGAAAGGGAUCUUGUAUUAAUGAAACAAGAAUUGUUGGGGCAGCAUGAUCACAACAAGCAUUCGAGUCCAAAAGAAAUGUCAGAAUUGGAGAAGGAAGAAAUUCGUCAUAGUGGAAAUAUUGCUCAAGUUUUUGCAUUGCAGAGUAAAGAGUUUGUGAAUGAAGGGUUGUUGAUCACAAAUACGCAUUUGUAUUGGAGACCAGAAUCGAAUUAUGUGAGACUCAGACAAUUAAUGUUAAUGAUUCGUCAUACACUGAAAAUAUUUAAAAGACACAAAGACUUUGCCAUUAUAAGUUGUGGAGAUUUCAAUGCAACUCCUACAUCUUUUCCAUACAAAUUAAUGACACUUCCAGGAAGAGUGUUAAAUGAACGUCUCGAAACAGAAAUACAUGGGGAUUUGACUCAACAUGGAAUGGAUUUUUCAAAACUCACUGAAGAGAAUAUUGAUAAAUAUUUCAGUAAUGUUGAGUUUUGUGAAGAAAAAGUGAAAGAAGACUACAAAUCGAUCAUUCAGAAUAAGAAUGAAAGUGGAGAAUAUUCUGAAGAGGAACUAGAAGACUACUUGAGUGUCGAAAGAGAUAAGAGAAAGGAAAGCAUUCGAGAACUUGUUUCUUAUUUUUCCAAACACUUUCCAAGUUUUAUUUCUCUCUACUCGUUCUAUGGAAUCUUAAACCCUGAGGAUCAUGCAAAAAUGAAAGUGCAUGACAAAUGGAAUCAUGGAGAGGUUUACUAUACCAUGUUUACACCUGAAUUCAAGUCAACAUUGGAUUAUAUAUUCUUGUGGAAUACUACGAAACCUCGAUUCCGACUCACAAAAUUACUCUCCAUUCCAACGCCUGAAGAGCUUAAAAUUGGAGAUGAGGAAGAAGCAAAAUUGCCAAAUGAAAAGCAUUCGAGUGAUCAUAUUUCUCUAAUGGUUGAGUUGGAGAGCACUCGGGAAGAGGAGGAGAAACAGCUUCCUUAA